AUGGACGGCCCCCUCUCCCCCGUCGCGUCUGCCGAUGCGGCGGGAGGCCCGACCGAGCCGCCGGGAGGGCUCACCCAGCUCAUCGACGCCGCGGACACGGCAGAGCUGCAGGCGAAGGUGGAGGAGGUGCUCGAGCUCGAGGCGGCGGCGCUCAAGGGGAUGCCGCGGCGAGCGCUCGAGGCAGCCGCGGCCGCAGCCAAGGCUUGGAGCGGGCAGCUGCUCUUCACGGCCUCCUUCUGUGAAGAGCUGCAGCUGCAGCUGCUCCGGCUCGGAGCAGUCACCUCUGCGGCGGUGACGCGGCUUGGGACGGUGACGGUCGAGGCGAGCCCGUGCCUGCGCUUGUGA